CUACUAUAUAAAUGAAGAGGAGAUGAUUCUUUGUUAUGUUGAGAGCCAAGACUCUUUUGCCAUUAUUGAUGCAACCUGUAUCCUUCUGCAUUUUUAGCCCUUACAUUCAUGGUGACUCUACAAAUAUAUCUGACUACAAUAAUAUUAUGUUUUCUAGAAUGAUUGUGCUGGGAUAUUUACAUAUUGAAAGACAAAUUAUUUUGUUAUUUUUUUAUCUUUAUAUGACAGUUGGGGCUUUAUUAAAAAACUCACAUGUGUGGAUAGGUUAUAUUUAAUUCAUGAUGAUAAAAGAGGUAUUACAAAAUAUUUUUUCUAAAAGGGGGACACUUCUUUCUGAGUCAUCGACUGUGUGCAUCAGAGUGGUCUGAGCUGGGGGUCUUUCACCAAGAUGCUUCAAAGCCUUUUUAAAAAUGUUUGGGUCCCCAUGAAGCCCUACUAUACUCAAGUGUACCAGGAGAUUUGGGUAGGAAUGGAGUUGAUGGGCUUCAUUGUUUAUAAAAUCGGGAAUGAUUAUAAAAGAAAUAAAGCUUUGAAAACUUUGAGUCCUGCACUUGCUUGUGGUCAUCAUUAACCAGGUUUACUUGGAAUACACAUCAGCUGGAACGUCAGUCUGUCUAUAAAUCUCAGUAAGUUAGUUCUGUGCUCUGUUGGAUAGAAACGUGAAACAUCGCUGUACACUUGUAGACAUGUUGUUUCCUUUGUGGCAUGAAUAGAUGUAACUGUGAGAUGCAAAAAAUAAAUAAAUAAAAAAUAAAAAUAAAAGGAAGACACUUGGCCUUGAUAGAUUAGGUUGAGAAUCUUUCUAAGUUUACUGUACUACAAGAGAACAGCCACAGCCUAAAUAAGAUAAUGUUUAUGAAAAUCAUCUUGUAUAGUACUAGACACAAAGUUGAGGUCUAGCAAAUGUUUAUUUUAGUUCAUAAAUCAUUUACAGGUAUCCUUUAGACCCUUGCCAAUCUAAAUAUAAUCUGUGGACCAGCAUCAGCAACAUCUGGCAGUUGUUACAAAUGCAGAAUCUUAGGCCAGACUUGCUGAAUUAAAAUCUGCAUUUUAACAAGGUUCCUAGGGAAUUCUUGUGCAUAUUGAAAUCUUAUCAGCCUUGGGGCGCCUGGGUGGCUCAGUCGGUUAAGCGGCCAACUUCGGCUCGGGUCAUGAUCACACGGUCCGUGGGUUCGAGCCCCGCGUCGGGCUCUGUGCUGACAGCUCAGAGCCUGGAGCCUGUUUCGGAUUCUGUGUCUCCCUCUCUCUGACCCUCCCCCAUUCAUGCUCUGUCUCUCUCCGUCUCAAAAAUAAAUAAACGUUAAAAAAAAAAAAUUUGAAAUCUUAUCAGCCUUGCCCACAGUUUGAAAAGUGUCAGUGUAGCUUAUCAUCACUCUCAUAGCACAUG